AUGUCUCAAGAACAAGAGCCAAGGCCCAAGAAGGCUGCGAAGGCAGUCUGGAACGAAGCAGAGACAGAUGCCCUCAUCACAUACUUGCAUUCGCAACGAUCAAAAAUAGGAGAUGGCGGGAAUUUUAGAUCGCAGGUUUACACUGAGGCUGCGACUGCCAUUGCGCCACACAGGACUCUUGGUCCAACAAAGAUUGCGAGCCACUGUAAGAACAAAUGGCAAUCGUUAAAAAAUCUUUACCAUGUUAUUGAGAACUAUCGCCUCAAGACAUCAGGCACUCAUUGGGACCAUCAGAUUGGAGCUGGCAUUGAGGGGAAGGCUGCGAGUGAUGUGUGGGAUGCAUAUAUGGAGAAAAAGGCAAACCAGGUCAUGCGGCCUUUUCGAAACAUUGGAUGGCAUUCGCACGUACUAAUGCAAGACAUCCUGCCAAGUGGCAGUGGCGCUCGAGGCCGUGCUGCCUAUCACCCAUCUAGGGCCACAGCACCUGCCACCACGGAUGGCUCAUCUGACCGCGAUUCUGCAGCACCCAUGGUACCCAAUAUCGGCACUGGAUCGUUGGAGGAUACCCACAUGGCCGAUGCCCACAUUGAACAAGAGCUUGAUUGGAGGCAUGUGCUACAUGAUGGCCGCAGGCCUACUUCUGGAAGUUCAGACCUCGCUCCCAUUCCUCCUUCCACUCGGACAUCAAGCAUCGGCAAACGCGCACACUCAGAUAUUACCGGCAUGCAUUCACAGUCUAUCAUAGCUCCUUCCUCGACAUUCACCUCAAUAUCGCAGCGAGAGUCAAGCUCCAAGAAACCCAAGAUCUCCAGCCACAGUGUCGCACACAUCAAUUAUCAUUCAGAGGUUAACGAGAGCGGAGGGAGAGGCAUCAAGCCCACCAAUGCCGUCGCAAUGAUAGGCAUGCAAGGCGCCCUCAACCGCCUCACUGAUUCAUUGGUAAAACAGGUGGCUGUUACUGACGAGAGCCGUUCAACUGAGCAACGAGGGCAGGCCAUCCGUAUGUUGAUGGAACAGGAUGAUGACCUGUCGCUGGAAGAUAGAGUCUCACUUAUGAAUGUCUUUCUGAGGAACGCUGCAGUGACUAGCUCUUACAUCGAUGCCACAGACCCAACGUUGCGACGCGCUUUUGUUGUCUCCAUCAUCCAGCAGUAUGCCGCCACUUAG